AUGGCGCUGCCCGUACAUGGCCGGGGAAUCACCUUCUACAUUGAGCAUGCCCAAGGGAGUGACUGGGAUGAGGCAAGGGAUCCCCCUGAUGACAUCCUUGACAUUAACCAAGAGCUGAUUUUUCCAGGGGCGCCAGAAAGCAGUUUUCUGAUCGAGGGGGAUAUCGUCAAAGCGAGUCCUUUCAGGCUGUUCCCAUCUGCCAACCCAAGAUGGCCAAAGAAGAGAGGGAUUGUCCAAAUUCCCUAUGUAAUCUCCUACAAAUAUGACGAAUCCAGCGUGAAGAUACUCAAGGGAGCAUUUGAAGACUUUUCAAAGUUCACGUGCAUCAAGUUUGUCCCUUACUCCAACCAGAGAGAUUUCAUUGCCAUUGCCCCGCUCUCUGGCUGCUUCUCCAGUGUUGGGCGCAUUGGUGGGAUGCAGGUGGUUUCCUUAGCACCCGCUUGCCUCCGCAAGGGGAAGGGGGUGGCACUGCAUGAGCUCAUGCAUGUCGUGGGCUUCUGGCAUGAGCACUCCAGAGCAGACCGGGACAAGUACAUCAGCAUCUCCUGGGAUGAAAUCUUGACUGGCUUUGAAAUAAACUUCAUGAAGUCUUGGAAUACCAACAUGCUGGUGGAUUAUGACUACUCCUCUGUAAUGCACUAUGGCAGGAAUGCCUUCAGCAUGUCUGGCUCACCCACCAUAACACCACUCUCCAGUUCCCUGACCUUUCUUGGACAAAGGUGGAACCUGAGCGAUUCAGAUGUUGCCAGAGUCAACAAGCUUUAUAAAUGUUCUCAGGCUGCAGCACAGCCAGAGGCAUCUACCAAGGGAGUCAUCAAAGAGAAUGUAAUGGACUUCAUGCCAAGUGAACCUAAGCCCCAUACAACGCAAAACAAAUCCAAAGUAUCUACUACCUGGAAUCUCAGUUCUAUAGUGUCUUCCAAGGAAAUGCCUCUGGGGACCAUCACACCAUCAAGCAAGGUUGCUGACCCGCUGAAACAAGACACAAAACUUCAUGGUUGCAACAACCAAGCAACACCAAAGUCUAUGGCCCUAGUGCCCACGUUCCAGGAUGGGGCCCCUUUGCAGAUCUACACGGGGAAGAAUUGGAACACACUUUAG